GAUAAGUAAUUAAAUAUGUGGCAGCUAAAAACUAUACAAUUUGCGAAAUGUUCAGUACAUUCGAUUAUAUUCAGACGGCUUUCAGUUGGUGACUUCAAACUAAGCACAAACCGUGAUUCAAAACAAUUUUCUGUAAAGGAGAAUGAAUCUUUCAUGGCUAAUAUUUUUCGUCGGUCCUUAGUUCCCAAGCAAGUUUUUCCAUAUCCCGAUGUGCUAAGCCUGGAACAAAAGGAAUCGACUUGCAGUCUAAUAGGCCCUUUUGAACGUUUCUUUUCUGAAAUUAAUGAUGCUGCCCAAAGUGAUGAGUCUGGAAAAGUAGACGAAAAAAUCCUCUCCGCGUUAUGGGAACUGGGUGCAUUCGCAUUACAAGUGCCCCCGAAUUUUGGUGGUUUGGGUCUGAAUAAUACGCAGUAUGGAAGACUUUGUGAAAUAGUUGGUGCCAACGAUUUAGGACUUGGAAUAACGAUCGGCGCACACCAAAGUAUCGGAUUCAAAGGAAUUCUUUUGUAUGGAACACCUGAACAAAAGGAAAAAUACUUACCAAAAGUAUCCACCGAACAUGUAUACGCUGCAUUUGCACUCACUGAGCCAUCUUCCGGCUCGGACGCAGGAUCAAUUCGAUCCCGUGCAGUAAAAAGUGACGAUAAAAAAUACUAUGUGCUAAACGGUUCCAAAAUCUGGAUAUCCAAUGGUGGAAUAGCUGAUAUUAUGACUGUUUUCGCGCAGACUGAACUCGUGGAUUUAAAAACAGGUGAAAAGAAAGACAAGGUAACUGCGUUUAUUGUGGAACGAUCCUUUGGAGGAGUUACAAAUGGUCCACCAGAAAAAAAAAUGGGAAUUAAAGCAUCAAACACUGCGGAAGUUUACUUUGAGGACGUAAAAAUACCUAUUGAAAAUAUUCUUGGAAAGGAAGGGGACGGAUUUAAGGUUGCUAUGAAUAUUUUAAAUAAUGGUCGCUUUGGAAUGGGAGCAACGCUCUCCGGAACGAUGAAGAAAUGCAUUGAAAUUGCCACUUCUCAUGCUAACAACCGUGUCCAAUUUGGACAAAAACUUAAGAACUAUGGAUCUAUUCAAGAAAAAUUAGCACAAAUGAGCAUACUUCAAUAUGCCACAGAAUCUAUGGCAUUUACUAUAUCGCAAAACAUGGACAAUGGGAGUCAAGACUACCAUUUAGAAGCCGCUAUAUCAAAAAUAUAUGCAAGUGAAAGUGCCUGGUACGUUUGCGACGAGGCUAUUCAAAUUCUGGGAGGUAUGGGAUUCAUGGUGGAAGCUGGACUUGAACGAGUUUUACGAGAUUUACGAAUUUUCCGGAUUUUUGAAGGCACAAAUGACAUUCUUCGUUUGUUUAUAGCACUGACCGGAAUUCAAUACGCAGGAUCUCAUUUGAAAGAACUGCAAAGUGCUUUUAAGAAUCCAUCAGCUAAUUUGGGCUUAAUAUUUAAAGAAGCUUCAAAGCGUGCUGCAUCUAAAGUUGGUCUAGGUGGCUGUGAUUUAAGUUCUCACGUAGCUCCUGAGCUUCAGCCCUAUGCCAAGAAAACUGAAGAAUGUAUAGACCUUUUUGGUCAAUCAGUUGAAGUGCUAUUAUUACGCUACAAUAAAAAUAUAGUAAACGAGCAAUUUAUAUUAAACCUACUGGCAAACGCAGCUAUAGAUAUAUACUCUAUGGUUGUCACACAAUCACGAUCAUCUCGAGCUUUAAAUCUAAAUCUUCCAACUGCACAGCAUGAAGUUUACUUAACUAAAGCUUUAACCAUACAGGCCUCUGAGCGAGCGAUGAAGAACAUAACAACUGCCACUUCAAGACGUCAUCAAAAUCUGACAGAGAAAUUUUCAAUUAUAGCUCGGACGGUUUGUGAAAAGGACGGUGUUUAUUCAACUGGAGUCAUAGAAGUUUAAAUAAUAAACGAUUUGUCCCAACAAAAAUUUUGCAAUAAAUAAUCCAUGAAAAUGCAUUGAA